AUGGUGUACGACACGGAAAGUCAUUUAGUUGGACGUUACGAUAAGCCUAAUGGACACAUUGUUCAGGGUCUACUCUACCUUCUACAUUCAAGGAACCGCGAUGUUUCCGUGAUGACAAUUGUGCAUAGCAUAACAAUGCUAUUGAAUGUGCCGA